AUGUCGUUCCCAGAAAAGUUCCAAGAAGCCUUGAAAGAGUGGGCUCCGGCACUGGUGGUCCCGAUUUCGUUGUAUGUAGCUUAUAAAUUGCUGAAUAGGAUCAUCCCAGGAGCUCAUAAUCUGCCAAAACUCGACGUCAAGAACAAAGUGGUUGUUAUCACUGGAGCGAGUUCAGGACUCGGCAAAAGUCUCGCAUUCGAAUUGUACAAACGAGGUGCCAAAGUGAUUCUCUUGGCCAGAAGUACAGACAAAUUGAAGGAGAUCUGCAAUGAGCUUAAGGAAACAUUCCCCCUAAAUCAGAACGAGCCAACUUAUUACUACUUUGACAUCACCGAUCCAGAACAAGCGCCAUGGGAUGAGAUUCCAAAAGUUGAUAUUCUAAUCAACAACGCUGGUAUGGCGAACCGUGGUUCUUGCGCUGACACCACUAUGGCCAUUCAUAGACAAGCUAUGGAAACCAACUUCUUCGGUCACGUUCAUGUCACCCAGAGCUUACUUUCUAAAUUGAGCCCAGAUGGAUGCGUUGUGGUGACUAGCAGUGUUCAAGGAAAGGUGGCUAUUCCGUACAGAGGAUCGUAUGGUGCUAGCAAGCACGCACUUCAAGGAUAUUUCGAUUGCCUUCGUGCCGAACACAAGAAUCUUCAUAUCCUGGUGGUUUCUGCAGGAUAUAUUAACACUGGUUUCGGAUCCAGAGCUAUCGAUCCAUCUGGAAAAGUUGUUGGUGUGGAGGAUGAAAAUCAGAAGAAGGGCUACACACCGGAACACUGCGCUCGCUUGAUCUCGGAUGCUAUCCGCGACCGUAAGACCGACUAUAUCAUGGCUCACACCGAUGCUCGUUUCGCCGUCUUCCUCAGAUGGUUCUGGCCCAACACUUCUCAACUAUGCCUUGUACAUCCGUGGAACCAAGGAUCAAUGGGCACCAAAGAAUAA